UGGGCGGGCGCGCGCGGCUCGUCGCCGCCGGGCUGCCAGGCACGGCUCGGCUCGGCGCGGCUCGGCGCAGCCCGGCUCGGCUCGGCGCAGCCCGGCACCGCCCGCCGAGCCCCCCGCCUGCCUCCCGCCCACCCCCGCGCCGCCAUGGACGGGGGCGCCUUCGGAGCGGGGAAAGCCGGCGGCGCCUUCGACCCGCAGGCCUUCAUCCGGCAGCCGCAGACCAUCCUGCGGUUCGUCUCCUGGGUGUUCUCCAUCGUGGUGUUCGGCUCCAUUGUCAAUGAAGGCUACGUGAACCGCGUGGAUGAGGUGGAGGAGCACUGCAUUUUCAACCGCAAUCACAACGCCUGCAACUAUGGCAUUACCGUGGGCGUGCUGGCCUUCCUCAGCUGCCUUCUCUACCUGGCCCUGGAUGCCUACUUCCCGCAGAUCAGCAGCGUCAAGGACCGCAAGAAGGCAGUGCUCUCGGACAUCGGCGUCUCGGCCUUUUGGGCAUUCCUCUGGUUCGUUGGCUUCUGCUUUCUGACCAACCAGUGGCAAGCUUCAAAACCAGAGGACAACCCACUGAAUGAGGGGGGGGAUGCAGCCCGAGCAGCCAUCACGUUCUCAUUCUUCUCCAUCUUCACCUGGGUGGGCCAGGCAUUCCUGGCGUAUCAGCGUUUCCAGCUGGGUGCCGACUCGGCCCUCUUCUCCCAGGACUACAUGGACCCAAGCCAGGACUCCGGCAUGCCUUAUGCUCCCUACACCAACGAGGAGGAUGCUGCAGAUGCGGUGGGGACGUACCAGCAGCCCCCUCCAGCAGAUGCUUUCGACACCGAGACACAGGGGUACCAAACGCAGAACUACUGAGCCACUGACGCCCCUUGCCCUUCCCCUUUCCCUUCUGCCCCCGUUCCCACUGCCGGCACAAAGCCGAGGCACAAACAAGACACGUGCAUAGUGGUACAAGAGGUGGCUCUCAGCUAUGCUCCAGCCUUCUGGGUCAUCUGUUUUUAUUUAUUGUUUUUAAAAAAGGCAAAAACAAAAAAAAAAAAGAAAAAAAGGAAAAAAGGUUUCUCCAUCACCUAUUCCUUCUCCUUUCCCACCAAGCUAUCUGCCAGAACCGAGUUUUUCAAAAAUCUGCAUUUUGAUAGGAAGGUUCCCACUUUCCUCCUCUCCCUCCUGCCUUGUUACAGAGGGCAGAGUCUGUCUUGUGGACAGGAGAGGAGCUAUGGUACCAGCAGGGCAGGGGAAAGGGUGCUGGAGGCAGAAAAGAGGAAAUGAGAGAGACCGGGGACCUUCCUAGAAGAGAUGGUAUCACUAAAGGUUGGAGUAGAUGUGGGAGCAUCCAGAUUGGUCUGGAGCACCUGGUGGCUUAGAGAGGAGAGUGGUGCCAGCAUUCAAGAGUGUGAGGAGGGGCCUGGAGGACAGAAGGAACAGUGUCCUCCAUGUAAAGACAGGGAGGCUUUUCCCUGCCAUAUGCUUGUGAGGGAGGGGUGCUUUAUUUUUAGAGGGUUUGGGAGAAGUGAUAUUGGGGAGGGGGGAAAGCACAAGGAGGGAAAAUGGGAAGGGAAAAAGGAAGAUUUGCAGGUACAAUCAGAAAUCACAGGCAUGUCUGUAGCUUACAGCAAGAGACGAGCAGAGCAGAGGGGUAAUACCUGGAGAUUCACUCCUUCCUCAGCCCCCUCAGGUUGAGAUGGAGAUGAUUCCCCUUGCCUGUGCAUCUACUAGUCACUGCUUUUCCCAGACCAGUGUUUGAUAAGGCAAGAGGGGAGCCAUGCCCAGUCUCUGGGGUCAGAUGCAGUGCCUGUGGGAGGAAUGAUGGAGGGGGUGGGCUCCUAAAGAGCCCUGAGAGCUUCCAACCCCAGCUGGGCUGGUUCAAGCAGGAGAGGGGACCUUUGUCAUUUCACCCAGGGCAGGAGGAGAAGAGAGACAGUUUUGCUCCUCAGGUCCUGCUGAACCUUCUUCUGUAUCUUUGCAAUAGUGCAAAGCCUCUUGCUGACACCAUCUUUGUAGCACACAGGAAUGGAGCAGGACCCCACUUAGAAAGAAAUACUGCUGCUGGGAUGGCCAGCAAGUGUCUGGCUCUUGCUCAGAAGUGCAGCCAAGCUGCCAAGGGCCCUGCCCUGUACAGCUGCACUUUGCCUCCCACUCAGAUAGGGAAGAAGUCUCGGUGUGCAGAGAAUUGGUUGGGGCCAGACUGAGUUGUCUGAAAAUGAGUCUUUCUGUAUUUGCCAUAGACCAUACCUUAGUGCUCUUCUGCAGCAUCUCAGAUCCUGGCUGACUUUAAAGCCUCACCUAGGUGGCAGCAGUGACUCUUAGAUAGAGCUCAUAUGGGUAUUCCACACUCCUCAUGAUUUUGCUCCAAGUAAAGACACAACUGUGGAAGCCCACUCUCUGUUCCAAGUUAGGUCUGCAUGUGAAGACAGAUUGCCAGAUUUCCCCUAAAUGGAAGUAGUUCAGCAAUAGCUACCUAGACAAUUUUCCCAGGCACAAACAUCUCUGAGAGCACAAGAAGCAGGCUUUACCUUGCAGCAGUGAGGAGCUCCAUCCCCCAGGCAGCCACCCUGCUUGAUGCAACACUGGUCCCAGUAGUAGAGAUCAGGAGCAGAUCCA